AUGCACAAGGAGUUCAGGAAUGCCGCUGCAUACACGCCCCCUUGCCCGCGCCGCGCGCGUUGCGUGGGUGGGCACAGCGGACUGCGUUCCUUCGCAUCCAGCGCCGCGGAGGCAGCCGCCAAGCCCCAAGCAGCCCCUCCGAAGGCCAAGCACACCACCAUCGAUGUGGCGAGGUACGUGCAGGAGAACUUCAAGCCCUACGAUGGUGAUGCGUCGUUCCUGGCGGGCCCCACCCCCGCCACCCAGGCGCUGCGCAAGGAGGUGGACGACCUCUGCCACCUGGAGCUGGAGAAGGGUGGCGUGCUGGAUGUUGACCCCAGGACACCCUCCACCAUCACAUCCUUUGGCCCCGGUUACAUCGACAAGGAGAAGGAGGUGAUCGUGGGCCUGCAGACCGACAAGCCCCUGAAGCGCGCCAUCAAGCCCCUGGGCGGCAUCAACAUGGUCAAGGCCGCCCUCGAGGCCUACGGUUACGAGCUGCCCAAGGACGUCAAGGACACGUUCACCAAGGUGCGCAAGACCCACAACAGCGGCGUAUUCGACGUCUACACAGACGAGAUGAAGCGCGCCCGCAAGAGCGGCAUCCUCACGGGCCUGCCAGACGGCUACGGCCGCGGCCGCAUCAUCGGCGACUACAGGCGUGUGGCGCUGUACGGCAUUGACGCCCUGGUGGAGGCCAAGAAGGCCGACCUUAAGAGCGUGCUGCUGGGGGUGAUGGACGACGAGAAGAUCCGGCUGCGGGAGGAGGUGCAGGAGCAGAUCAGGGCACUGCAGGAGCUCAAGGAGAUGGCGGCGUCCUACGGCUUUGACCUCGGCAGGCCCGCACAGAACAGCCGCGAGGCUGUGCAGUGGGUGUACUUUGCCUACCUGGGGGCUGUCAAGGAGCAGGACGGGGCGGCCAUGAGCAUGGGCCGCCUCGACGCGUUCCUUGACACCUACUUUGAGCGCGACCUGGCUGUGGGGUCUAUCACUGAGGAGCAGGCGCAGGAGAUGAUUGACCACUUUGUCAUGAAGAUGAGGAUAGUCAGGCAGCUGCGCACCCCGGAGUACAACGAGCUGUUCGCCGGCGACCCCACCUGGGUGACGUGCGUCAUCGGCGGCCGCGAUGAGAAGGGCAAGUCCAUGGUGACUAAGACCAGCUACCGCCUGCUGCACACGCUCUACAACCUGGGCCCCGCCCCGGAGCCCAACCUGACGGUGCUCUGGAGCGACGAGCUGCCCGACCACUUCAAGCGCUUCUGCGCCAAGGUGUCCCUGGACACGAGCUCUAUCCAAUACGAGAGCGACAACCUGAUGGCACCCAUGUUUGGCUCAGACUACGGCAUCGCGUGCUGCGUGAGUGCCAUGCGCAUCGGCAAGGACAUGCAGUUCUUUGGGGCGCGCACCAACAUGCCCAAGAUGCUGCUCUACACCAUGAACGCCGGUCGCGACGAGGUCACAGGGGACCAGGUGGGCCCCAAGUUCCCGCCCCUGACCAGCGGCGACGGCCCCCUGAAGUACGAGGAGGUGGUGCAGAGCCUGGACGCCGCCAUGGACUGGAUUGCGGGGCUGUACACCAACACCAUGAACGUCAUCCACUUCAUGCACGACAAGUACAACUACGAGCGCCUCCAGAUGGCGCUCCACGACACCCAUGUGAGGCGCCUGCUGGCGUUUGGCAUCAGCGGCCUCAGUGUGACGGCCGACAGCCUGAGCGCCAUCAAGUACGCCAGGGUCACGCCCGUCAGGGACGAGAGGGGCAUUGCGGUCGACUUCAAGAUCGAGGGCAGCUUCCCCAAGUACGGCAACGAUGACGACCGCGUGGACUCCAUCGCCACCUGGCUGGCGCAGCAAUUCAGCAACAAGCUGGCGCAGCAGACCACCUACCGCAACAGCGUGCCCACGCUCAGCGUGCUCACCAUCACAUCAAACGUGGUCUACGGCAAGAAGACGGGCUCCACCCCUGACGGCCGCAAGAGGGGCGAGCCCUUUGCGCCUGGCGCCAACCCCCUCCACGGCCGCGACGAGCACGGCGCCCUGGCCUCCCUCAACAGCGUCGCCAAGAUCCCCUACGUCUACUGCCUCGACGGCAUCAGCAACACCUUCAGCCUCGUGCCACAGAUCCUGGGGCGUGGCGGCGACGCGGACCGUGCGCGCAACCUGGCGGCCGUGCUUGACGGCUACUUCCAGAAGGGCGGCCACCACAUCAACGUCAACGUUCUGUCGCGUGAGAUGCUGGAGGACGCCAUGGAGCACCCUGAGAAGUACCCCAACCUGACCAUCCGGGUGUCAGGCUACGCAGUGCACUUUGCCAAGCUGACGCGCGAGCAGCAGAACGAGGCGAGCACGCCCUCUGGCGCAGCACGCAGCAGGACUGCGCUGCAGGGCGCGACCGCAUGUGAAAGCGCCGUCAUCCGCCGCACGUUCCACGAGCGCCUCACGUGA